AUGGCGCAGAAUAUUCUAAUAAAUGACCUCCCUCUAGAAAUAUUUAUCAAAAUUCUUAAGGAAGUUGAUGGAGUGUCAUUAGGCAAAUGCCGAAGGGUGUGCAAAAAGUGGAGAGAUGGUAUCGAUGGUAGUGAUCAGAUUUGGCAUGAAGUGUGUCGAAAAGAGUUUAAACAUUCCUCUGAAAUAGCGAAGCGAAAAGCUGGAAAUAUCUGCCGAUGGUAUCAUAUAUAUAAGAAUCUUAAAAUGUGGAUUGAUAUUACGACAUUCGAUAAAAAAGUGCGCGAGUUUUAUAAAUUUUCGCUCCACGAUAAAUCGCAUGCUCUUGACGUCGAUUAUGGAGUUUUACCGUUGAAAGAUGCUAAAGGAGUAGUUUUCUAUGAUAUGAGUAAUCUGAAAUAUAUACCUGUUGCAAUUUCAGAAACCAAUUGCUGUAAAGUUACCAAUAAUGACCAUGUUUCAGUUAUCUUGACGAAAACAGGAUUAUAUGUACAAAAAUGUGUAGAUUCUAAUGGCGUAACUGAAGGUUUCUUUAAAGCAGAAAAUUUUGUUCUAUCUGGUGAAGUGAUCUACUUCCAUAACGGUAGAGAUGUUUAUAAAAUAGAUCUUACACUUGACAAUAUAACAUCUAAGCUUAUAACCCUCUGCAACUACAAUAUCAAAGAGAUUCAGUAUUGUGAUGGGAUAUUACAUUUAUUUACUACUUGUGGAAAAAUAAUAAAUAUCACAAAUAAUUAUGAGAUCACAGAAAAACCAAUAAACUGUCCUAUAGAAUGGGUGAAGCAUUUAAAGAAUAUAUGUGCUAUAAAUGAUCAUAAUUUUGUUUGUUAUUCACGCAACUUAUUCAAACUAGAUACAGAUAAAUAUCAUCAUUUAUAUUUAGAGUUUCCUACUAUAACAGCAUUAUUUUUCUAUGCUGAUGUGGUUCUUUUAGGAACUAGGGCUGGUGAGUUGUUGCUGUAUCGCUUAUCUAGCCAAAAGAAGGGACCUAUGUCUAGACCAAUAUUUGACACCUUAGCAAUAUUGCCAGAAGGGAAAUUUGCCGUGCAAUUAGAUGUGUGUGAAAGGAAAAAUGGGCCUUUAAUCAUAGCAUCUACAUUUUUUGAGAUUAUUCUUGUAGAGUAUGACUUCUUUCCUCAUGAACAAGAACCAAAAUGCAGCUUCCCAGUUAACAAGUUGACUAUGUACAAAAGACUACUUAGACUAAAAGAUAGGCUACAGUCUAGUUAA